AUGGUCCUUAUGAAUGAUGAUGUGUCAGGGUACACGACAUUUUCAGAAGCUCAAUAUCUUCCAGUAUCACAUGUGAGCUACAAAGAUGCCAUUCAAAUUAAAGAUUAUAUUAUUUCAAACUCUACACCUACGGCAAAGAUCACCUUCGGUGGAACAAUAUUUGAUAUUCGGCCAUCUCCAGCAUUGGCCUACUUCUCAUCCAGAGGCCUGGUCAGGUAUAAUGGAAACAAUGUGAAGCUAGAUGUCACUGCACCUGGAGUAAAUAUUUUAUCUGCAUGGCCAGUAGAAGUUGGGCUUUUCCUGUCUGGUCUAAAAAUAAAGCCAUUCAACUUUGAAAGUGGCACAUCCAUGGCCACGCCUCAUGUUUCCGGAAUUGUGGCACUUAUUAUGAGCAAGUUGAAAAACGACAACAAACGUCAAUGGUCAACAUCAGAGAUCCAAUCAGCACUCAUCACCACAACCGACACAUUCGAUUUAGAUGGAAAACCAAUCUAUGAUGAAGCAACUUUGAACGGCAGUGCCAACAUUCUCCAACGGGGAGCAGGACAAGUCAAUGUGAUGAAUGCCAUGGAUCCAGGUCUCGUCUACAACAUUGAACCAGAUGAUUAUGUUGCCUAUCUUUGCGGAAUUUUUUCUAAUAACAGUCAAGAUGUGCAAAUCUUCACCAAAAACAACACACAAAAUUGCACUAGAUCCAUCUCUAGCAAGCAACUCAAUUAUCCCUCUAUUGGCAUACAAAUGGCAUCAAGAUCAGCAAACUCCACUAUUAGCAGGACAGUGACAAAUGUGGGUGAUGCUAGGGAAAUCUACAACGCCACAUUCAUAGAACCACCAUUUGUGAGAAUCUACCUCUCUCACUACCAGAUUAGCUUCACCCGAUUAGAACAACAAAUUACCUAUAGUAUCACAUUCAUCAUGAAUGGUUCCCACCCAAGCUCGGGAGUCAUUGGACAAGGAGAGUUGUCAUGGGUGUCCAACAGGCACAAUGUCACAAGUCCCAUCUACAUCGCAUUCUAA